AUGAAGCUAUCGGUCCCGCGACUUGCGGCCCGGGGAGCCCGCGGAGCGCGGCCAACCCACCAGCACAACUCACAAUGCUCCCGACGAAAUAUCAGCAGUGCUACAGCUUCCAAAGCCCCGGAAGCUCAAUCAACACCUACAAAUGAACCAGCACAAGUCUCAUCCCCUAAUACGCCACCUAAAAACUGUCCCUCAUCCUCAAUAUCCGACCAAGUCCGCCUUCUAAUGCGCCGCGUGCCAUACCCCGUCGCCAUAAUCACAGCAACAGACCCCACCGGAGCCCCAGGCACAUCCUCAUUCCGCGGCAUGACAGUCUCCUCUUUCAACACCGUCACCCUCACACCUAAUCCGGUCAUCUCAUUCAACGUUCGCAGGCCAUCCGAGACACUAAACUCUCUGCUUGCCUCGCGACGAUUCCUGGUCCAUUUACUUGCUCCGGGACCCGCAACCGCUAUUCUCGCGCGAAAUUUCUCGAAAGGAAACACCACUCUUGCUAGUAUAUUGAAUGGACAUGGAGACUUUGAGUUCGGAGCCUUGGAUGUUUCUUCUAGCCUCCAGGAUUCGGGAUCCGAGAGACCUCUUCCUAUUUUAAGGAGGCGAGACGGUGCGCAUGAAUUAAAGAAAGAGAACGGGAAUGCUGAUUUCCCGUUCGUAUUUGAAUGUACUCUGCACCCGCAGAAGAUCGAUGUGCAUGACCACUCGAUUAUACUGGGGACUGUUGUCCGUACAAUUGAAGGCAAGAAUCUUGUGGUUUCGGAAGACCACUGUUCGCAAGAGAGUGGUGAUGAGCAUUCGGCGGACCGAUUAUGUCUGUCAUAUGCCAAUACUAAGUUUUGGAAGAUGGGAAGUGAGAUUUAA